UCACAAGAGUACGGCAAUGUGUUCGCACCUGCGAGGUACUGUGAUGCAGAGGCACUAGGAACAGUACGUUAUCCGAUUACACAGGCCUGUACCGAGGCUCGCGUGGCUUGCCCGGACCCAGAUAACAUCAUAGGGACUAUUGUGAGGUACUGCAACUGCGAAACUGCUGAAUGGAGGUCACCUGACACUACGAAUUGUACUCAUAAAUGGAUAUCCGAAGCAAAAUCAGCCAUAGAACGAGGUGAUCCUGCCGAGGAUAUAAGCGGGCUAAUAGCUGCCAAUCUCGAGUCAACCCUUGCGCAACAGCUGUACGGUGGCGACAUUAUUGGCAGUGUAUCGCUGGGCACCGAUGUUCUCAAACUAGCUCGUCAACAGUUCAGUACAAUGUUUGACAGAAACGAACGCCAGCUGAAGGCGACGAACUUCACAGAGUCAUUUGGCUCAUCCGGAGAUCACCUUCUUUCACCAAGAGCGGUGUCUAUUUGGCAAGAACUGCCGCAGUCCGAUCGAAUAGAACACGCCUCUACGCUAAUGGGUCUCCUAGAACAGAGUGCACUUCUACUAGCCGACUACUCCGUAGAUGAACAGAAGAAAAUCCUAUAUAAAAAUUGGGGUAAGAAGGGUUUUGUAUUUGACGCGAAAAAUCUCCUAACGAUUAUUUUCUAA